GUCUGGCAUGCCGUAGAGGCUACAAAAGCGUUUUUGCGAGGUUAGAGAAGCUGUGAAAGAGCAAUCGAGCUGUAGACUGCAGAGAGAAAGCUAAAGAAAUUUGGGAAUGGACGUGAUAAAGACGCAGCAAAUACAGUCAAGGCCAAUAGAGAAGGUGAUAGUGCAUCCACUGGUUCUUCUCAGCAUCGUCGAUAACUACACCAGAGUCGCCAAGGACACUCGCAAGCGAGUCAUUGGUGUCUUACUCGGUAGCUCUUUUAAAGGCACCGUCGAUGUCACUAAUAGCUAUGCAGUGCCUUUUGAAGAAGAAGACAAGGACCCAACUAUAUGGUUUCUUGACCACAACUACCAUGAAUCUAUGUUUUCAAUGUUCAAAAGAAUAAAUGCCAAGGAACAUGUCGUAGGUUGGUAUAGUACAGGCCCAAAGCUAAGGGAGAAUGACCUAGAUAUUCACCAGUUAUUCCACAACUAUGUCCAAAAUCCUGUCUUGGUUAUUAUUGACGUUCAGCCUAAGGAGUUGGGAAUACCUACCAAGGCCUACUAUGAUGUUGAAGAAGUUAAAGAGAAUGCCACUCAAAAGAGCCAGAAGGUUUUUGUUCAUGUGCCUUCAGAAAUUGCAGCUCAUGAGGUUGAGGAAAUUGGAGUUGAACACUUGCUGCGGGAUGUGAAGGACACAACCAUCAGCACACUUGCAACUGAGGUUACUGGUAAACUUACAGCUUUGAAGGGUUUGGAUGCACGACUACGAGAAAUUCGGGGUUAUCUUGAUCUUGUCAUUGAUGGAAAGCUGCCAUUGAAUCAUGAGAUCCUUUACCAUUUACAGGAUGUGUUCAACCUACUGCCAAAUCUUAAUGUGAGCGAGUUGAUCAAGGCUUUUGCCGUAAAAACAAAUGAUAUGAUGUUGGUUAUAUAUCUAUCAUCUCUCAUUCGAAGUGUCAUCGCACUUCACAACUUGAUUAAUAAUAAGAUGCUUAACAAAGAACAUGAGAAAGCAGAGGAUGCAAAACCAGCGACAAUCCCAGCUGCCAAUGGAAGCUGAAAAUCUAUUCUUCAGGCUUUGGGACAAUAGUCAUGACACAGCUCCAGAGCUAAUGGACUAGCUUAUGGUUGUAAGACAUUUGAGGCAAUUUUGUUGUUUAGCAGUAAAAUAGUAGAAUGAAAGAUGACAAAGCCCCCUGAUGAUCUUGAUUUGUGAGAUGGUGGUAGUUAAAUGUAUUCUAUUUAGCAUUGUAAACCAUUUAAACUUAUGAUUUACUCUUCAAUACUUUGUUUAGGUGCUUGAAUUGAAUGCCGUCCUUCUAUUC